AUGACGACGGAAGAGUGGGCGCCAUUGAAGAAGCAUAAGGACCCAAUUCUUACCUGUCAAAAGUCGUCGUCUUUACAUUUAUAGGGUCCCAGUUCCCAACCACCAUAUAAACCCACGCCCAUACCCCCAUACUUCUCUAAGCUCUCAUCAAUUCAUUAAUUACCACUGAAUUGCGUUUCUCUUGCAAAUUCAUUCAGCAAAAAAAUGAACAUGAACUGAACUGAUGAUAAUACAUGGGUAAAGCCAGUAGAUGGUUACGUUCGCUUUUGGGUGGUUCCAAGAAAUCAAAGUUGGGUCUCGGGAAAUCUUCAACUGGAAGUGGAAGAAGCAUUGUUGGAGCUGAGAUUGCUUAUGAAGACCCACCGGUGGGCCCAUGUGCGGAAGCAGUGGACGCAAACAAGCAUGCGAUAGCGGUUGCGGCAGCUACUGCUGCGGUUGCUGAGGCGGCGUUGGCGGCAGCUCAGGCAGCGGCGGAGGUUGUUAGGCUGACAAGUGGUAAUAGGUCGGGGAAGGGCUAUGCUACGAGUGGUAGCGUUGAGCGACUCCGUGAAUGGGCUGCUGUUAAAAUUCAGUCUGAAUUUCGAGCUUACCUGGCUAAAAGAGCACUGAGGGCACUGAAGGGACUAGUGAAGCUGCAAGCACUAGUCAGAGGUCGUAUAGUGAGGAAACAAAGUGCAGAUAUGCUCCGACGUAUGCAAGCCAUGGCUCGAAUCCAGGCUCGAGCUUCUGCAAACCGGAAUGUAACUUCAGAUCCUUCUCAUUCCAGCAUAAGAGCUUCACGAUUUGAGCAUCCUGGCAUUGCAACUCCGAGGAAAAAUGAUCCACAACAGUAUUCAUUCAACUGUAAAUAUCAUGGGCCAAACCUGAAGAAAUCUGGUUCCAGAUUGAAACCGCAUGAGAGCUUUGGUCAGGAUAGAUCACAUUUGGCUUCACAAUGGAUACAUAACUGGAUGGAGGAAUGUGCAAAAAAUGGCUACGGUGAUAUUUCCCUCCAAAAAGGCGGUGGCGAUCAUGAUGAGAGCACUGACAAGAUACUUGAGAUAGACACAUGGAAACCUCGUUUAAAGCCCAAACCAAGUGAGAAAAACUCUCACAAUUCACAGUAUUUUCCAUCUUGGAAUGACAAUUCUCAGGGAACAAGAACUGUCAACCCGUUAUCGAAACAUUUGGCAAACCAUAUGAAACCAAAUCCUAGUAUAUCUUCAGGGGAAGUGUCAUCUUUAAGGUCACUGGCAUUUUGUCAAGAAACUGAUCAGCCAGCUGUUUGGACUGUUGAGAACAGCCCUGGCGUGUACUCCACAUUGUCCAGACCAGGGAGUAGCAGUAGGAGAGGCCCUUCUCCUUCGAGGAGCGAGUGCUCACGAAGCCUGUUUGGGGACUACCUAGGUCACCCCAACUAUAUGUCUAAUACAGAAUCAUACAUUGCGAAACUUAGGUCCCAUAGCGCACCUAGGCAAAGAGAGCAGUUCGAGAAAAUUGGUUCGAGAAAGUAUGUUGAUGGACUUGUGGAUGCAGAUACAAAUUCAGAGAAGAGUUGGAGAUCGCUUGGUAACUUUAGGAACAAGGCAAAACCAGGAUCAGGUCACCGUUCUAUCUCUCCCUUUGGCCCGAGACAAUAGAGAGAUGCUUGACAAUUGGAAAGCAAUUUAGUCAUGCUGUACAAAUUCUAGUGGUAUAAAUCAACCUUGGUCUCAAUGUGACCAAAGGUAAGUACUUGCCAAGUUGAUGACAAGACCUGUGUUUGUAGAGGGAAAAUAAUAGGUCGCAGUUAUUUUGUUUGAUGGUCGUCUUGGAUUGUCUUCUGUCGAGUUAUUAAAUUUUGCUUGUAACAAUGUUAAGUUAUUAAUUGUUGCCUGUGACAAUGUUUGAUGAAUGUACUACCAUUUUUACCAUCA